AUGACGUUUACUUACCCAAAGAGUGUAGAAAAACAAGUUAUUCUUGCUUACAUGCGUGGACUUUGUUGGAUUCUGGUUAUGGAUAAAUGUGUUGUUCGCUUGGCUGAAACGAUAAAUACUCUAUCUAUCUUGUUUCCAAAUUCUAAAUACCCCUAA